ACCAUCAUUCUCACUAUAAAACUAUCAGUCUCAUUGCACCGGUCCUACAGCAACACUGAAAGGUUACCCUUUCAACUGAAGGCAGACAGGCAACAAAGUGGCACAGCAUGCAGACUGCAGUCUUGGUGGGUGGAAUAAUAACUGUGCUGACUUUAUCACUGGCUCUACCUACUUUGCCUCAGGAAGAUGAAAAGGAGGUGAAGGAGGAGCAGAAGACAAUGGACAUCACCAUUUAUGACAACCUGGACCUUGGCAAUUAUGACCUCAACUUGGACAACUAUGGAGAGGUCAUUGAUCUUAGCAAUUAUGAAGAGAUUUAUGAUUAUGGGGAUCUGGCAUCCAAGAUUGAAGUAGGCACCUUGGCUCCUCCCGUCAAGAGUAUGACAGAGCCACUGACCACAGCAGCUGUGCUAACAGAAACCCCAGAGAGGAGCUCAACAACUUCCCCAGUAGAAAGACCAAAGGGACCUGGUCUUUUUGGAUCCAUCACAGAUCAGGGCCUUCCCACCUGCUUGGUUUGUGUGUGCAUCAGCACCUCAGUGUACUGUGAUGACACCGAUCUAGAACACAUCCCACCUCUGCCCUUGGAGACCACAUAUUUCUAUGCCCGCUUCAAUCACAUCAGCAAAAUUGAGGCCUCUGACUUCACUGGACUUGCAAAACUGAAACGAAUUGACCUAACAAGCAACUUUAUUUCCUCGGUGGAUGAAGAUUCUUUCCGCCUGCUGCCUUCCUUACAAGAGCUUGUCCUCCCAGAAAACAAAUUGACUUCCUUGCCUGAGUUGCCCAAAACCCUUGUACAACUGGAUGCCAGGUUUAACAUGAUCCAGAGUUCAGGCAUUCAACCUGAAGCCUUCAAGGAUUUGAAAAAGCUGCAAUUUCUUCAUCUGUCUGAUAAUAAAUUGGACUAUAUUCCAGUGCCCCUGCCUGAAGGACUGAGGUCUUUGCAUCUGCAGAACAAUCGUAUCCAGACUCUGCAUGAAGACACAUUCUGUGAUGGCCAAGACCACAGCCAUAUCCGCAGAGCCUUAGAAGACAUCCGUUUGGACGGCAAUCCCAUCAACCUUAGCCUCUUUCCCAAUGCUUAUUUCUGUCUGCCUCGCCUGCCUACAGGCCGCUUCUACUGAAGUAAGGCCAAGGCAGGAAGCUUAGCAGAUAGAUUGCAACCAAAGCCACAGAAAGAGCCAUUGACAUUCAUUUUCCUGCCAGGCAGAUGUUGAUGCUAUUGAAUUGAUUUUUGGCCCCUUUCUCUUUUCUCACUUUCCCACCUUAGCCUCCUUCAUGUAGGAAUAUCUAGGACUAGGAUACAUAAACACCACCAAUCCUUCUUCAAACAAAAAAUGGACAAAUAUAAAGAUAGUGCAAAUUAAAUAAAAUGUCAGAUGGAAGCA